AAGUGUACAGACCUGUACGGACGUCGGAGUGAAACGAUCCGGCUCAGGACUUUAUUUUGAUCCGGUGUUGUUCCCCUUGUAUGUAGACCUCUAGGAGCCUCUGUUUACGGCUUGAUCGGAUCAUGUCAGUGGACUGGGGGUUUUCUAGAUGAGGUGAAAGUAACGCUGUGUCUCGGCAUGUGAGCUACGAAGGGCCCACAAGUUUGGCAUUUUGAAUGACAGUUAGCCGAAGCUUGGUUGGUUUUUAAGUUCCAGGUUGAGCUUCCACGAUGGCGGACCACACUGACGUCAGUCUGCUGCCGGAGGAGCGAGUCCGUGCGUUGACCAAGAAGGGAAGCACAGUGGAAGUUAAUGAUGAUGUGCCCCCGCGCCGCUACUUCCGCUCAGGCAUGGAGAUGAUCCGCAUGGCUAACGUCUACACAGAGGAGGGCAACAUUGAGCACGCCUUCCUCCUUUACAAUAAAUAUAUUACGCUCUUUAUAGAAAAACUUCCCAAGCAUCGGGAUUACAAGACUGCUAACAUUCCUGAAAAGAAGGACACAUUAAAGAAACUGAAGGAUGUCGCUUUUCCUCAGGCAGAGAUUCUGAAAAAAGCUCUUUUGAAGAGAUUUGAACAAGAGUAUGCACAGCAUCUUGUCAAAAAGAAAGCAGAGGAGGCGGCGUUGGCGCAGGAGCAGUCCAGGCAGCGAGCGCUGGAUGCCGAGCGGGAGCGUGUGGCCGAGAUGCAGCGGCGGCAGCGGGAGCAGGAGCAGUUCAGUGCCUUUGAGGAGAUGAUCCGCCGCCAGGAGCUGGAGAAGGAACGCCAGCGCGUGCUCCUUGAAUUCGCCACGCCCGCCAUACCUUCCCCUGACACGCCCCUCAUCCCAGGGAUCCAGGGCCCCCCGCUGAUCUCCCCCACACCGCCACAGAGCCCUGGGGACCUGUCCAGUGGCACCAUCCACCAGUACAAUCACCCACCCGGAACCAUCGGUACACCCACCACCGGCCCGCCCAGCUUCGACCGGUCGCUCAAGCCUGGCUCUCUGGUCAGCCCAGGGAACAACAAUACAAUGGUGGAUGCCCUUCGGCAGUUGGCUGUUCCCGCUGAGCUGUGCCGGAGCUUUCUGAGGCUGGCCGAGGCCAACACAAGCCGAGCUGUAGAAACUUGUGGCAUCCUGUGUGGCAAACUGACCAGAAAUGCGUUUACUGUGACCCACGUCAUCGUACCAAAGCAGUGUGGUGGACCAGACUAUUGUGACACAGAAAAUGAGGAGGAACUCUUUCUCAUACAGGACCAGUACGACCUCAUCACCCUGGGCUGGAUACAUACUCACCCCACACAGACAGCCUUCCUGUCUAGCGUCGACCUCCACACACACUGCUCCUAUCAGAUGAUGCUGCCGGAGGCUAUUGCCAUCGUCUGCUCGCCUAAGUUCAACGAAAUCGGCUACUUCAGGUUGACGGAUCGGGGAACAGAUGAGAUCUCCACGUGUAAACAGAAAGGCUUUCACCCUCACAGCAAAGAGCCCCCUCUAUUUACACACGCGGGACACGUCACCAUCACCAACGACACUGUGUCCAUGAUGGAUUUGCGGUGAUUUCUUCCUUUUUCACUACAACACUCAUAGACUGUUUUAUCAAACUGCAGACUGGAAAAAAAAAAAACACUCAUUUAAUUUUUAGGA